GAGAGCUGGGGAGCCCCAGUCUGGCCGGAGUUGGCUGGAGCUGUUGCCAUGACAAGCAUUUUCUUAAGACAGCUCUGCUGUUGAGCCCGUGCUAGGCUGGGGGUGGGGUGGGGGCACGAACUUCUUGGGGGACCAUCCCUCCGAAGACGGCGAGGUCAGACACCCGCCCAGCUCCCUGCACCGGUUUUCUUCCAGGAAGGUCUUUCGCGUGGAAGGGCUGGGGAAGAAGACCCAGCCCACUCCCCCAGCUGUAGCUCAAAGCCGGCAUCACUGGGUGGUUUGCUUCACCGGGGAGAGCAGUGGGUGGUCACCCCACCCUACUCGGUCCAUGGAAACGCGGAGGAAGAGUCCCGCUUGAAGACACCUGAAUCUUUGCUAGAAAGAGAGAGACCUAGCUGUCACUGUUAUCCAGGGAGCCCUCCUCUUUCUCCUGAUGACGUUGCUCUACCUUCGCAGUUGCUGGUUGUUGCUAAGGUUGCCUCCAUGGUAACAUGCUUAUCCUGUUUACACUUCUGUAUGGACAAGUAGUCUAAGCUAGGAACCUACCUACUCUGGAUGACUAUUUCCAUCGCCACAUAGAGGACAUCAAUCAGCGUGACGCCAAGUCCGUCUUCUACUAAGUUCCCCCAACCUCUUCCUCCUCUCACUAGUAGACUUGAUACAGAAGAAAAGAUCUAGGCUUGGUGUUGCUACUCUGAAGCUUAUUGCACAAGAUAUUGUCAAUUUAUCCCCUAACUGGGCCCCCAGAGAAGAAAGACGUAAGAAGAAACAGGGAAGAGAAGGCAAGAGACACAGAUUAGUUGGAGGGAAACUCUACAUCUUCUCUGCUUGAGAGUCUGGUAACCGCAGGCAAAAUGACGAGCUCAUCAGCACAUACCUUGCCGGGCAACUCAAUAGCUGAAGACUAUGAAGGGGAGUUUGGCUGCACGUUAAUGGACCUGAGAAAGCUCAUGGAGCUUCGUUCGACUGAUGCAGUCACCCAGAUCAAUGCCCACUAUGGAGAUGUACAGAAUAUCUGCGAGAGACUGAAAACCUCCCCUGUAAAAGGUUUAUCUGGAAACCUUACAGAUCUGGAGAAGCGUAGACUUGUUUUUGGACAGAAUGUGAUACCUCCAAAAAAGCCCAAGACUUUCUUAGAAUUAGUGUGGGAAGCCCUGCAGGAUGUCACGCUCAUCAUCCUGGAGAUUGCAGCCAUCAUCUCCCUGGUCCUGUCCUUCUAUCGACCCCCUGGCGGAGACAAUGAAAUCUGUGGUCAGACUGCAAGUAGCCCCGAUGAAGAGGAGGAAGGAGAAACUGGCUGGAUUGAGGGGGCAGCCAUCCUUACCUCGGUGAUCAUUGUGGUGUUAGUGACAGCCUUCAAUGACUGGAGCAAAGAGAAGCAGUUCCGGGGCCUGCAGAGUCGCAUUGAACUGGAGCAAAAGUUCUGCAUUAUCCGGAAUGGUCAGCUCAUCCAGCUGCCAGUGGCUGAGAUUGUGGUGGGAGAUAUUGCCCAGAUCAAAUACGGUGACCUGCUCCCUGCAGACGGAAUCCUAAUCCAGGGGAACGACCUGAAGAUUGAUGAGAGCUCGCUGACGGGAGAAUCCGAUCAUGUCAAGAAGUCUCUGGACAAAGACCCCAUGUUGCUCUCAGGGACUCACGUGAUGGAAGGUUCUGGCCGGAUGGUAGUGACUGCUGUGGGGAUCAACUCUCAGACCGGAAUCAUCUUCACCCUCUUAGGGGCCAGUGAGGAAGAUGAGGAGGAAAAGAAGAAGAAAAGUAAAAAACAAGGAGUCUCAGAAAAUCGCAACAAAGCAAAGACCCAAGAUGGAGUGGCCUUGGAAAUCCAGCCACUCAACAGCCAGGAGGGUAUCGACAGUGAGGAAAAGGAGAAGAAAGUAAGCAAGAUGCCCAAGAAGGAAAAGUCAGUGCUGCAGGGCAAGCUGACGCGCCUGGCUGUGCAGAUCGGGAAGGCGGGUCUGAUCAUGUCCGCCCUCACGGUUGUCAUCUUGAUUCUCUACUUCGUGGUUGAAAACUUCGUGAUACAGCGCAGAUCAUGGCUGCCUGAGUGUACUCCCGUCUACAUCCAGUAUUUUGUCAAGUUCUUCAUCAUUGGUGUCACGGUGUUGGUAGUGGCUGUGCCAGAGGGGCUGCCACUGGCUGUCACCAUCUCACUGGCCUACUCUGUAAAGAAAAUGAUGAAGGACAACAACUUGGUGCGGCACUUGGAUGCCUGUGAGACGAUGGGCAACGCCACGGCCAUUUGCUCUGAUAAGACAGGAACAUUGACCAUGAACCGCAUGACAGUGGUGCAGGCUUACAUCGGGGGCACUCACUACCGCCAGAUCCCAAGCCCUGACGUCUUCCCGCCCAAGGUUCUGGACCUCAUAGUCAAUGGCAUUUCCAUUAACAGUGCUUAUACUUCUAAGAUUCUGCCUCCAGAAAAGGAGGGAGGCCUCCCUCGCCAGGUAGGCAACAAGACAGAGUGUGCCCUGCUGGGCUUUGUCACAGAUCUGAAGCAGGAUUACCAAGCAGUUCGAAACGAAGUGCCCGAGGAGAAACUCUUCAAAGUGUACACCUUCAACUCAGUGCGGAAGUCCAUGAGCACCGUCAUCAGGAAGCCUGAAGGGGGGUUCCGCAUGUUCAGCAAGGGCGCCUCUGAGAUAAUGCUGCGCAGGUGUAAUCAAAUCCUGGACAAGGGAGGAGAAAGCAUACAAUUCAAAAAUAAGGACCGAGAUGAUAUGGUACACAAUGUCAUUGAGCCCAUGGCCAGUGAAGGACUCCGGACUAUCUGCAUAGCUUACCGGGAUUUUGAUGACACAGAACCCAUAUGGGACAAUGAAAAUGAAGUCCUUACUGAGCUGACCUGCAUUGCAGUGGUGGGCAUUGAGGACCCUGUGCGCCCAGAGGUACCUAACGCAAUUGCCAAGUGCAAACGGGCCGGCAUUACUGUCAGAAUGGUGACAGGCGACAACGUCAACACAGCGCGAGCCAUCGCCACCAAAUGUGGCAUUCUGACCCCUGGAGAUGACUUCCUGUGCUUAGAAGGUAAAGAGUUCAACAGGCUCAUCCGCAACGAGAAGGGCGAGGUGGAACAAGAGAAGCUGGACAAGAUCUGGCCCAAGCUUCGGGUGUUGGCACGAUCUUCUCCCACGGACAAGCACACGCUGGUGAAAGGUAUCAUUGACAGCACUGUUGGGGAUCAGCGACAGGUGGUGGCUGUCACCGGUGACGGGACAAAUGAUGGACCUGCCCUGAAGAAAGCAGAUGUUGGCUUCGCCAUGGGUAUCGCAGGCACAGAUGUGGCUAAGGAGGCGUCAGACAUCAUCCUGACCGAUGACAACUUCACCAGCAUUGUGAAGGCGGUGAUGUGGGGACGGAACGUGUACGACAGCAUUUCCAAGUUCCUGCAGUUCCAGCUCACCGUCAAUGUGGUGGCUGUGAUCGUGGCUUUCACUGGAGCCUGUAUCACUCAGGAUUCUCCACUGAAAGCAGUGCAGAUGUUGUGGGUUAACCUAAUCAUGGACACGUUUGCUUCGCUGGCCCUGGCCACGGAACCCCCUACCGAUUCUCUGUUGAAGCGUCGCCCCUAUGGGCGAAACAAGCCUCUGAUCUCACGGACUAUGAUGAAGAACAUCUUGGGCCACGCGGUGUAUCAGCUCACAGUCGUCUUUGUCCUUGUCUUUGCCGGCGAGAGAAUGUUUGACAUUGACAGCGGAAGGAAGGCACCUCUCCACUCACCACCCAGCCAGCACUACACCAUUGUUUUCAACACCUUCGUACUGAUGCAACUCUUCAACGAAAUCAACUCCCGGAAGAUACAUGGCGAGAAGAAUGUCUUUGCAGGCAUCUACCACAACGUCAUUUUCUGCUCUGUAGUUUUAGGCACGUUCUUCUGCCAGAUUUUAAUCGUGGAAUUUGGGGGGAAGCCCUUCAGCUGUACACGCCUCAACCUGGAGCAGUGGUUAUGGUGUCUCUUCAUAGGGAUUGGAGAACUUCUGUGGGGCCAGAUCAUCUCUGCAAUACCUACCCAGUCUCUGAAGUUCCUAAAGGAGGCUGGGCAUGGCUCUGCCAAGGAGGAGAUCACCAAGGAUGCUGAGGGAAUGGAUGAGAUUGAUCUUGCUGAGAUGGAGCUGCGCAGAGGCCAGAUCCUCUGGUUCCGUGGCCUGAACCGGAUUCAGACUCAGAUUGAAGUAAUUAACACAUUCCAGACGGGAGCCUCUUUUAAGGGAGUCCUGAAGCGACCGACCAUGAACCAACAGCUUGAUGCCAAGCUGGUUCCUAGCUCCUACUCUAUCAAAGUGAUCAAAGUGUUCCAUAAUUUCCAAGGAGUCAUCCAUAAAUCCAGGAACCAACAAUCCAUCCACAGCUUCAUGAACCACCCUGAAUACAUAGACGAAUUUCCGAAGUCAUCCCAUGAUGAUGAAGAUGAAGAUUCUGGAUUGGGUCCUAAAUCGGGGACUGGGGUGCUCCUGUUGGAUGGUGAGGCCACUCCAUAUAGCAACAAAAACAACAAUGCCGUGGAUUGCAGCCAAGUGCAAAUCGUCGCCUCCCAUUCUGACAGCCCUCUGCAAAGCCUGGAGACAUCAGUUUGAACUUCCAUUCUCUGACUCCCGUCCCUGCUUCCCCUGUUUCUUUUAUCAUCUAUCCCAUCUAUAAGGUGACGAUGGGACUUGUCACUGUUAUGUCAGCUGCUCCUAAGUGUGUGAGAACCCCUACCUGGCCGUGAAGAAACCCGAGCACAGACCUGCAAGGACUCGGUCAAACCCUGGGCAGGUAAUGGCACAUCUGUCUACUUCUCAAGUGUAUCAGUUGUCAUCUUUAAGGAGAUGCUCCUGGUAUCACCCAACCCAAGGUCUCCACAGGGUUCCCGCAGGUCACCGCCUCCCGACUUGCAGAAUUUAUGAGUUUCUGCCAUUGACAAGCUAAGUUGUAGGCCCAGGGAGAGACAAAUACCCUGUGUUUGUGUUUCAGUAGACUGAUUAUUCUUAGACCAUUUCUUACUAUUUUGAAAUGUCUACCCUGAGGCCUCUAGCCCUUCCUGCUCUUCAGUCUGCCCUCUCCAAGGUUCUUUGCUUCUUAUGUGGUCUUAUCAUUCUUCCUCUUCCUCCUUUUUUUUUCCCCUGAGUUGUGGUAAUUAAGAGAAUGGAAAGGACAUGGACAAGUUGAGUCAACUUUGGCCCCUUCUGGCCCCGGUAAAACCUUUCAUUUUGGUCUAGAGGCAGGCAGAUUUCUUUGCUAAAAUGGUCUUUUGGGAGCAAAUGAGCUAGUGAACUAUUUCUUUUCACCAGCUCAGCUCCAACCUCUGAAUGUCCGUCCGUCUUCUUGAGUGGGUUGGGGUUUUUAAGUGCCAGGGAAAUCAGCCAUGACCGUGAAGCUUUCAUAUGUAUAAUAUAUAGUUUUUACCACAGGCUUGAGCUUCCUCCUUGCCUAUGGUGGUAACAAAAGAAUGAAUGGGGCGUGACCCUGCCUCCUAGCUGGAUGAGGAAUUUCAGGACCAAUAUGGGGCAGGCAUAGGACCACAAAUCACUGAAGCAGACUAUUUUCAAGGGUAUUUGCCAAGGCUCUCCCAGGGCAGGAGCUGAUGGUUGGGGGGAAUGAGUAUUAAGAAGCCUUGGGAGGGGCUAAAGAACCAAUCCGUCGGCAUCUGAGGAACCUCCCCCCCAGGCUAGGUGACUGAGUACCAGCUUGAUGUUCUCUUCACUUUUCUAAAUCUAUGCUCUGUUGUGUCCCACAUUUUCCACCUCUAAGGAGGUCCCCAACUUUUACAAAUAUUUCAAUGUUGAAAAUACACACCGGAAAGAGGAGGCUCCCUGACAGUGUUCUGAUUCAAGGAGCAAAAGGCCCUCCCUGGAAGGUUCCCUGCCUCCUCUCUCCUCCCUUCACACAAGCUCUCCCAGCCCUCAGCAGUGUCUCCACUGCUGCCCAGGAAAGCCCGUGCCUUCUCCCCCCACCCCACCAACACUGCCCAAUGCAUCCUCUGCCCACCUGCCUCUCAGGAGUUGGGAACUUCACUGAAAGGGACUUCGCCUUACUGGGACAAGGUGGAGGCACGUUCCCCGGUGCUCCAUUUGUACCCCUGCUAUGCUGAUCUAAGCAUUUUUGUGCAGGUGGACCAAAUUGAUGUCCCCAAGUCCCAUCUCCCAUUAGUUCAGUGAAGCCUGCCUCCCACUUUCUAGGGUGAUGGAAAUAAGGAGGAUGCAUAAGGCUCAUGAGAACUGCCAGGUUUCCACUUGGGAGAGAAAGACAAGAUGAACUUGUCCACUCCUAGCCUUUCUUCUAGAGAUCCUCCUCCUACCCAAGCUGCCAAGAUAGGAUGAGUGAAGAAACAAUCACCAUUCCACCACACCCAUUACAUCGCAAUCCAUCAUUAUAGGAAAUAGCAAGAAAGCUUUGAUUUGGGUUUUGCAAAGCUUACACACUUGAGCAAUCUUUCCUCAUGGCGAAAAAACAGCUCACUGGAGUUUUUAAUUAUUCACACACACACACACACACACACACACACACACACACACACACACACACACACACACAUUUAAAUACAUUCGAAGAUUGAUUCUGUCAUCUCCUUUAUUACCUCAGAUCAUUUUUAAAAGCAAGCCAAUAACAAGCUUCGAAGGCCAUUUACCAUCCUUGCUCCCAAGAGACUUAUUGUGGUGCCUGGAAGGUCACUCUUGAGGGCUUUAUGUCUACUUUUUCAAAGUCAAUAGUUUGUGUGUGUGGUGUGUGUGUGUGUCUGUGUAUGUGUAUGUGUGUG